ACGGCACGGGGGCCCCGGGGAGCGCUCACUACACCGCCCCGACCCCGCCGGGGCAUCCAUCACGGGAGCCUGCCUGAGGAUGUGAUGGCCCACCCGCCCCGGCCCAGCCGCGCCGCGCCCCCGGCCGGGCCCCCGCGGGCCGGCCCGCGCCUCUGGGAGGGCCAGGACGUCCUCGCCCGCUGGACCGACGGCCUCCUCUACCUGGGCACCGUCAAGAAGGUAGACGCCCCCCGUGAGGUCUGCCUGGUCCAGUUCGAGGACGACUCGCAGUUCCUGGUGCUGUGGAAGGACAUCAGCCCCGCGGCCCUCCCGGGCGAAGAUCCUCUGUGCUGCGUGUGUCGCUCAGAGUUGGUGGCCCCGGGGAACGGACUGGUCAGCUGCGAGAAAUGUCGCCACGUGUACCACCAGGACUGCCACGUCCCCCGGGCCGCGGGACCCCCGGAAGGCGCCGCCUCCGCCCCCUGGAUCUGCCGCCAGUGCGUCUUCGCCAUCGCCACCAAGCGAGGCGGGGCGCUCAAAAAGGGCCCGUACGCCCUGGCCAUGCUGGGCAUGAAGCUCUACCUGCCCUACGGCCUCAAGGGCCUGGACUGGGACGCCGCCCACCAUGCUAACCGCCAACAGACCUACUGCUACUGCGGGGGGCCCGGAGAGUGGAAUCUGAAGAUGCUGCAGUGUCACUGUUGCCUGCAGUGGUUUCACGAGGCCUGCACCCAGUGUCUCAGCAAGCCCCUGCUCUACGGGGACAGGUUCUACGAGUUCGAGUGCUGCGUUUGCCGGCGAGGCCCGGAGAGCGUGCGGAGACUGCAGCUGCGCUGGGUGGACGUGGCCCACCUGGUGCUUUACCACCUCAGCGUCUGCUGCAAGAAGAAAUACUUCGACUUUGACCGCGAAAUCCUGCCCUUCACCACCGAGAACUGGGACAGCCUGCUCCUCGGAGAGCUGUCGGACACGCCCAAGGGCGAGCGCUCCCUCCAGCUCCUCUCGGCCCUCAACAGCCACAAGGACCGGUUCAUCUCCGGGAAGGAGAUCAAGAAGCGGAAAUGCCUCUUCGGGCUCCACGCCCGCGCGCCCCCGCCCGUGGAGGGCGGCCCGGCCCGGCCCCCGCCGCCCGACGGGGCGUCCAGCAGCUUCCCUUCAGGGCAGGGCCCGGGGGCGGGGGUCUCCAGCCCCCCGGGGAAGGGGCGGCGCAAGAGGCCGAGGCCGGAUCGCCGGGAUCGCCGGGAAGGCCGGGAUCGGCGGGGACGGCCGCGCCCAGCUCUGCAGGCCGCGGCGGACCCCGUCGCCCCCGGCCCUGACCAGGCCCGGCGGGCCAGUGGUGGCACCUACAACUUCCGGCCCACCGACACCCGCUGUCUGCCCAGCAGCCCCAUCCGGAUGUUCGCCUCCUUCCACCCCUCGGCCAGCCACACGGGGGCGCCCGGCCCCGCGACGCCCCCCGACAGGUGCCCCCCGGAACUGAGGACGCCCCGCUUCGCCUCCCCGGGCGGCCCCCGCCCCGCCCCCGCCAACGCCGCCCCUUUGCCUACCUGGUCGAGUGGGGGGGGGGGAGGCAUCUUCUGA